AUGGCCGGCUUCGUCCUGUUGUGCUCAGCUCUCAUAUUCAGCGGUUCUACAUGGGACUGGUCUACGCACUCCACCAUUUUGGCCUGGGUUUUUGUCGGCGUAAUCUACGCAUCUUAUUUCUUGCAACAAUACUUCUCUGUCUUCACCAGCAAAGAAAACCGGAACAUCCCCGCAGACCUCUUCAAGAACAAGACGACUUCUCUGAUCUGUCUAGGGACAUUCGCUGCUGGAAGCUGCUACGGCAUCACUUUAUAUUACACUCCACUUUUUCUUGCUUUCACUAAGGGACUAGAGCCAGUCCAAGCUGCCGUCCGACUUCUACCCUUCAUCUUUACCUUCAUUGUAUUUACCAUUGUAAUGGCCGGCCUCAUCCCCGUAAUUGGCAGAUACGCUCCGUUCUACGUGGUUGGUGGCGCCUUGGCCAUGAUUGGCGCAGGGGUCCAGUCACAGCUCACGUCCCAGAGCUCCGAGGGCCGAAUAAUGGGAGUCAGCACCCUCAUAGGCGCUGGAACCGGAUGCAUGUGGCAGACUGGUGUUGCCAUCUUGACCCAAACCGUACCCGCGAAUCGACGCCUUGAUGCUACUGCCCUUUUUAUCAUGGUGCAGCUCGGUGGAAUUUCGGUCACGCUAGCUUUGGCAGGUUGCGUCUUCCAAAAUCUUGGAUACAGCCGUCUACACACUUCACUUUCUGGACUGGGUUAUAGUGAACACGACAUUCGCGAAGCUUUGGCCGGUCUAGAUUCCAAGAUUUGGGCAGCUGCAGACCCCCAGGUGAUUCUACUGGCCGUGGAAGAUGUUGCGAGCGUAAUUGCGGACAUGCAAUUUAUUGUUGUGGCCGCGGGAGCUUUGGCAUUCUUGAGUGGCUGUUUCAUGAAAUGGGAGAAGCUGGAUUUUGGAAGGACCAAGGCAGCUUAG